UGGAUCUAAAACUCUGCUUCGAGAUUAAUACGGCUCUCGAACUUCUUUAACAGUAAAGUAAUGAUAGGGGAAGUAAUGCAGCCUACAACUAUUGAAGUUCGAUAUGAAUGAUCGUUGUUGAUCAAUGUCGCUGCCACAGACCCCUACGUCUCCUAGUCCUACAGGAGAAAGAGAGGAGGGUUUACUAUGCCAACUCUUCCAACUUCUAAGCCAGUUUGCAUUUGAUAAGGCUAAGGAACUUUUGGACAAAGAGAAGGAAGUUCACAAGGCAGCGUUUGGCUCGUCAUGGGCUCUUAUGGUUCAUACACUGGGCCAAUUUGCAAUGGCUGAGAAAGCAUACAACUCUUUGGGCUUCCUUGAGCAGAAAUGGUUUGGCAGAUCUAAGGAUACACUUCGAACAGCAUAUUUAACGCUGCUUCAAGAGCUCAGAAAAAUAGAAGAAACUGUCCGGCAGCAAGAGUCACUUGUCUUUGGGUUGCCAGGACCUACAAAAGAGUUUGAAAUUUUGCUAUCCCACUUGUGUGGUCAGCUAUGUGAAUACAUAAGGGCGCGGCAGAAGACAAUGGACUUUUUUGAGCAGAUCAGCACUAUGGGCACUAACAAGAACAUGAACUAUGAGGACCUUGUGAAUGUUAUAUCAGAGAUUGUGUUGCUGCAUAGCAAGAACUUCCAUCACCCUUUCCUGGCUGAUCUCAAGUCAGGAUUCACGUACGAGUGUGACACCAUCCAGCACCUGCUGAUGGCCCAGAUCCAGAUGUCAGAGGGUCGGUUCCUGGCCUCACUGUUACAGCUGCACCAGGCUCACAGCAAGCUCACAAGCUGGGGGUCUGCAGCACAGGCAAGGGAGACGACCAAGAGAGGCAUGUUCGGGAGCACUUCAAAGACCGUGUCCUCCUUGCCCGCCCUCUUUUCCUGGUUGCUAAGAUACAAGCACCUGCUGGUUGCCAAGUUCAGCCUGUAUUUCUAUGAAGUGCUGUCUAAGCAGACAACAUCAGCAGACAUGAGGAGUCUCUCCAUGAAAAACUGUGAGGAUUAUGUGGCCAAGAUUUCAGCAUUCCACAGGAAGUCUGAUGUGGCCUAUAUCUGCCUGUACCUGGACUCCCAGGGGAUGGCAGAGCCCUUUAAGGGGCUGGGGUACCAUCACCCUGACAAGCCCCCUGCGCCAGAUGGGUACCAUGCCAUAUUCUCCUACCCCGUGGAUAUCCCACCCCUCCACUGGCCGACCAUAGAGCCCCUGCUGUCAGGGGACAAGGACCCGGAUCCAGACCGGGUCAGAUCUCACUGUGAUAAGGUAAAACAGAGCACAUACUUUGUUGUGAACGUGGAGCCACGUAUAUUCUUAACAGUGAUUUGUGAGACAAAAAAAUCAGAGAAAGACUCAAAUAUUCUCAACUUUAUGUUAGAAAUGUCUACGAUGCUACGGUGCAUGAAACACUUCAAGAGUUUAAAGCCUGGCGCAGCUGUUGGAGGGUCCAGGAAAUAGACACCUACAAGAUGCAGUCUCUGUGCUUUGAUAGUUUUUAGGUGUGAGAAGUAAUUUUGUUAAAAAUGGGAUGUGACCUAUUUUAUAAUAAUUUUUUGUUGAAAGAUUUUGCAAGCAUAUUCAUUAGGUCAAUAUUUUAAUUGAUUUUUGUUUGAUGGUUUGUUGUUUAUUUUAGCAAAAAGAGUAACACAAGAUUAUUUUUUUUUGUUACAAAAAUGACAAAAUAUAUAUCAAAGUAUAUGUUAUUAGCAAAUAAUUAAUCCUCAAAAAAAGAGAGGUUCUACUGAGUCAUGUCUUGAAUAUGGCUUUUUUAAUUAGAUAAAUGUUGUUAUGCCUUUUGAAGAAGAGGGGGUAUAUUGUUUUGCUGUAUGUCUGUCGGUCUGUCUGUCCGUCAAUAACUCGUCAACAAAUUGACUGAUUGGCUUGAUACUUAAAAUGUGCAUUGGCCUUGGACAGUAGAUGACCACAAUUGAAAUUGGAGUCACAAGGUCAAAGGUCAAGGUCACUGUCACAAUAAGUGUGAAAAUCUUUUCCGAACAUUAACUCUUCAACAAAUUGACCGAUUGGCUUGAUACAUCCCAUGUCUUGAUACAUCCCAUGUUCAUUGGACUUGGACAGUAGAUGACCCCUUUUUAAAUUGUUAUCGUUUGGUCAAAAGUCAUCGGCACUGUCACAAUAUGUGGGAAAAUCCUUUCUGAUCAAUAACUCAUCAACAAAUCGACCGAUUGGCUUGAUACUUCAAAUGUGCAUUGGCCUUGGACAGUAGAUUACCUCUAUUGAAAUUGGGGUCACUAGGUGAAAGGUCAAGGUCACUAUCAGAAUAAGUGUGAAAAAUGUUUACAUCAAUAACUGGUCAACGUAUUGACCGUUUGGCUUGAUACUUCACAUGUGCAUUGGCCUUGGACAGUAUAUGACCCCUAUUGAAAUUGGGGUCGCUAGUUCAAAGCCCUGUUUGGGGGGCAUAUGUGUCAGACUGCCGAACUCUUGUUUUGUUUUAUUUGCCAACCACAAUCUAUGAAACAGUGUCUUUUAAACUGGAAUCCAUUGAAUUUUUUUUUUAUGAUAUUAAGUUACGUGUACUAGUUUAGGUCAAAUAAAAUAAAAUGCUUCCUGAAAAUUAAGGUAUUUUUUUUUAAAGAUAAAUGUGAGAAGUGUUGUUGAAAUCUUGCAUUAUGUUGUUCUGCAUCUUUGUAUACUAGUACCAUGCGCAAUGUGCAUGAUGAACUAUUUAGGACUAUCCAACAUCUUUUAUUUUAUAAUAUGUGCUUAAAUUGUGUAUAUGAUAUCAUUAUUUCAUUGUAAAUUUGUUGUUGAUGUAUAGAAUAAAGUUGUAUGAAAUUACA